CGGACCGAGGGCGGGGGCCGCGAAGGAGGCAGGGCGGGCCGGGCGAACGGCGCCGCGGGGUUGGCUGCUGCCCUGAGGCCGGACUCAACGGAUUCGGGCCGCGCCACCGGGCGAGCUCGCCGCCCGGCCCCAUCCCGGAGCCAGCGAGCGAGCGAGGCGGCGCCGCGCGAUUUGCUUGUAAAUGCAUCAGGAAGAGGCAACCCAGAAUGAAGAAAGCAAGCAGGAGUGUUGGCUCAGUGCCUAAGGUGUCUGGGAUAAGCAAAACACAAACAGUAGAAAAAACUAAACCUGAAAACAGCUCUUCAGCGUCUAUAGGAGGCAAACUCGUAAAGCCUGGAACAACAGCAUCAUUGUCAAAGACCAAGAGCAGUGAUGACCUCUUAGCUGGAAUGGCUGGAGGGGUGACUGUGACUAAUGGUGUUAAAGGAAAGAAAAGCACCUGCUCUUCCACAACGUCUUCAGCAUCGGCUCCUGCCAUGACCACCGUGGAGAACAAAUCCAAGAUCAGCACAGGCACAAGUUCUUCAACCAAGCGGAGCACUUCCAUAGGUAAUAAAGAAUCUGGUUCUACUAGAGAAAGAUUACGUGAGCGUACCCGACUAAACCAGAGCAAAAAACUACCUUCUGCUGGUCAGGGAGCUAAUGACGUGGCAUUGGCCAAGCGUUCCCGCAGUCGCACAGCAACGGAAUGUGAUGUUCGCAUGAGCAAGUCUAAGUCGGACAAUCAGAUCAGUGACAAAGCUGCUUUGGAAGCCAAAGUGAAAGAUCUUCUCACACUGGCAAAAACCAAAGACGUGGAAAUCUUACAUUUGAGGAACGAACUCCGAGACAUGCGUGCUCAGCUGGGCAUUAAUGAGGGUCAUUCCGAGGGUGAUGAAAAACCUGAGGAGAAGGAAGCCAUCAUUGCUCACCAGCCAACUGAUGUCGAGUCCACUUUACUGCAGUUGCAGGAACAGAAUACUGCCAUCCGGGAAGAACUCAACCAGCUAAAAAACGAAAACAGAAUGUUAAAGGACAGGUUGAACGCGCUGGGCUUUUCCCUAGAGCAGAGGUUAGACAAUUCCGAAAAACUGUUCGGUUAUCAGUCCUUGAGCCCAGAAAUCACCCCUGGCAACCAGAGCGAUGGAGGAGGGACCCUGACCUCUUCGGUGGAAGGCUCUGCCCCUGGCUCUGUGGAGGAUCUCUUGAGUCAGGAUGAAAACACCCUCAUGGACCAUCAGCACAGUAACUCAAUGGACAACCUAGACAGCGAGUGCAGCGAGGUGUACCAGCCCCUCACGUCGAGUGACGACGCCCUGGAUGCACCAUCGUCCUCAGAGUCAGAAGGCAUUCCAAGCACAGAGCGCUCCCGGAAGGGGAGCAGUGGCAACGCGAGUGAAGUGUCCGUCGCAUGCUUGACAGAACGGAUACAUCAGAUGGAAGAGAACCAACACAGCACAAGUGAGGAACUUCAGGCAACUCUGCAAGAGCUAGCUGAUUUACAGCAGAUAACCCAGGAACUGAAUAGUGAAAAUGAAAGGCUUGGAGAAGAGAAGGUUAUUCUUAUGGAGUCUUUAUGUCAGCAGAGUGAUAAGCUGGAACACUUUAGCCGACAAAUUGAAUAUUUCCGCUCCCUUCUCGAUGAGCAUCACAUUUCUUAUGUCAUAGAUGAGGAUGUGAAAAGCGGACGCUAUAUGGAAUUGGAGCAACGUUAUAUGGAUCUAGCAGAGAAUGCCCGUUUUGAACGAGAGCAGCUUCUUGGUGUCCAGCAGCAUUUAAGCAAUACUCUGAAGAUGGCAGAACAAGACAACAAGGAAGCUCAAGAAAUGAUAGGGGCGCUGAAAGAACGUAAUCACCAUAUGGAGCGAAUUAUUGAGUCUGAGCAGAAGGGGAAAGCAGCCUUGGCAGCCACAUUAGAGGAGUACAAAUCCACGGUGGCCAGUGAUCAGAUAGAGAUGAACCGCCUGAAAGCUCAGCUGGAGAAUGAAAAGCAGAAAGUGGCGGAGCUGUAUUCCAUCCAUAACUCUGGAGACAAAUCUGAUAUUCAAGAUCUCCUGGAGAGUGUCAGGCUGGACAAAGAAAAAGCAGAGACUCUGGCUAGUAGCCUGCAGGAGGACCUAGCUCACACCCGAAAUGAUGCCAAUCGAUUGCAGGACACCAUUGCAAAGGUAGAAGAUGAAUACCGAGCCUUCCAAGAGGAAGCUAAGAAACAAAUAGAAGAAUUGAAUAUGACAUUAGAGAAACUAAGAUCAGAGCUAGAAGAAAGAGAGACAGAGAGGAGCGACAUGAAAGAGACCAUCUUUGAACUUGAAGAUGAAGUAGAGCAACACCGAGCCGUGAAACUCCAUGACAACCUCGUUAUUUCCGAUUUAGAGAAUACGGUUAAAAAACUCCAGGACCAAAAACAUGACAUGGAAAGAGAAAUCAAGACACUCCACAGGAGACUUCGGGAAGAAUCCGCGGAAUGGCGGCAGUUUCAAGCUGAUCUCCAGACUGCCGUGGUCAUUGCGAAUGACAUCAAAUCUGAAGCCCAAGAGGAGAUUGGUGAUCUGAAGCGCCGAUUACAUGAGGCUCAAGAAAAAAAUGAGAAACUCACAAAAGAAUUGGAGGAAAUAAAGUCACGCAAGCAAGAGGAGGAGAGAGGUCGGGUGUACAACUAUAUGAAUGCUGUUGAGAGAGACUUGGCAGCCUUAAGGCAAGGGAUGGGACUGAGUAGAAGGUCCUCAACUUCCUCCGAGCCAACCCCUACGGUGAAAACCCUCAUCAAGUCCUUCGACAGUGCAUCACAAGUACCAAACCCCACUGCAGCUGCGAUUCCUCGCACGCCUUUGAGUCCAAGCCCUAUGAAAACCCCUCCUGCCGCAGCUGUCUCACCUAUGCAGAGACAUUCCAUAAGUGGACCAAUCUCUACAUCCAAACCCCUGACGGCUCUGUCAGAUAAGAGACCAAACUAUGGGGAGAUCCCUGUUCAAGGUAUAUCUCAUAUGGCACAGUAUUUCACUUCUGCUAUUUUGAUUCUUCUGACUUUUUUGAGUGCUGAAGUGCACUGGAAAACGGUUUGCAGCAUUGGGGCAUGGUGCUGUGAAGUGCAGGCUUCGUUUGGGUGUGUGCAAUUAUCCUAUUCAAAAACACAAGCGGACACUGUUCUCUUCUUGGUGGGAUUUCUCGUUUAUAAUGGAACUCAAAUAAAAAAUAUUUUAACUUUGGGUUCCUUGUUCUCACUCAGGGAAGAAAGGAAGGACCCUCUGUCAGCAUUGGCAAGAGAAUAUGGAGGUUCAAAGAGGAAUGCCUUGCUGAAGUGGUGUCAGAAGAAAACAGAAGGCUAUCAGAAUAUUGACAUUACAAACUUCAGCAGCAGCUGGAAUGACGGGCUGGCCUUCUGUGCUCUCCUGCAUACAUACCUUCCGGCCCACAUUCCGUAUCAAGAGCUGAACAGCCAAGAUAAGCGAAGGAACUUCACCCUGGCCUUCCAGGCGGCUGAGAGUGUCGGCAUCAAAUCCACACUGGACAUUGGUGAAAUGGUGCGGACCGAGCGGCCCGACUGGCAGAGUGUGAUGCUCUACGUGACUGCUAUCUACAAGUACUUCGAAACCUGAGCGUGCCAGGACUCUCCCCGUUAGCCAGUGACGACGGUGCCAUUAGCUACGCACCCCGUCAAGCUUUCAGCGACUCUCUGGGCUGCCCCGCAGCGUGUGAGCCUUCAGCCAGGGCCUCUAAGUCAGGAGAACUCGCGCCUCUGUGGCCCACGGCUCGCAGCCGGCUCCUUGCACACAACCCGUCCGGCCAGAGGUCGGCGUGGGCUCCACGCCUGUCACACACACUGUUUGCUGCCAGAGUUUUUUUCUCAAGAGAAUACUGAACUGCAUUAAUGCCGUGGGGUGUAAAAACCAGCUCCCGCACAGCUGAACUUCGGAAGGGGGCUGAACUGUGGGCAGCUCACGGGGGGUUAGUGAAAGCUCCAGCCACGGCUUUUCUUGACUACUCGCCAGUGUGGCUUCUGUCACCCGUGAGAACCAGGCAGGGGACUCGGUGCCUGGCCCAGGUGCCUGGGGAGCAGCUGCGGCCCUGGACGUGGAGGCCCACGGAGUGUGUCACCAUGGCAGUGGGGCAGCCACUGCUUCCGUGUGACAGGGCUGGCCUGGCCCACGUGGUUUAGGUGUUUGCGAUUUGAGCUCACAGGUGACCGUGACUCGAGUUCCCAGCUGGCAGCGCCCGCCGCUGCUGAAGUGUUGGUUUUGCGGCUGGGCCCCUGUUGACCAGAGGCAGCCCCCUGGCCUCGCCGCUGCCAACCUGUCCUUCAGCCUGGAAGGCUCUUGGGAACCCAGCUCUGACUUUAGGUUUCUGGACAAAAGAAUUGGUCAAAAGGAGUUCUAGUUAAAGAAAAAAAAUUUUUUUCUAAUGAGCAAUAUUGGGGGAAAAUAGCUCCUGUUCUGUUAGUACCAAAGUUAAAUUGUUUUAAUACAUGUAGAAAAAACAAAACCUCGACAUUAGCAUGGUGAAAGUCAGAAAUGAAGUCAGAAAUAGGAGAAAAAGCCGAACAGCUUGAGGGAGCCCAGCAGGGUAAUUUAAAGUCACUGAGUCACUCAGACGAAAUCCUCCUGGGCAAGAAUUUAAGGAAGUGCCUUAAGUCUCCUUGCACAGGUACACCGGAUAGAGGGUCUCGGAGGCCGCCGAGACCACAGCCACAGCAGAUGGCGUCAGGGCUGGUGCCCUGCAGCCCUGUGAUGGAGUUGGUCCCUUGCCACGCCACCCUCCGGAUUCCAAGUGACAGGCAGCCGCACCAGCACCCCCCUGUGCAGUGGAACCGAAGCCUUAUUAUGAGGGGUUCUGUGGAGGUGACUCUCAGGCUGGGACUCAGCCCUUCUGGGGAACAGGGAUCCCGUCUCACCUGCGCCUAACACAGUAGCUGUUGGUUUGAACAGUGUCAAGCCCUGUUGCUUCUAGAAUACAACUGUGAUUGGCACCUGCGAAGCAGCAUGAGGAAGAGUCGCCAGCCGUGGGAGGAGGGUUGCUGCCCCAACCACAGGAUGCGAAGAUGGCUGCCCAGCCAGCACAUGGGCCGAGGGUUCUGCGUUCGAGCAUGUUCUAGACUAGGAGUUUGACAUGUCUGUAGCCUAGGGAGGAAUGUGGUCGUUGUGAAAUGGGCUGUGUGUGUGUGUGCGGCCUGCUGGCCCACAGUCACCAGCUGGCUGGUACGUGCCCAUCCACCCUGCCCACAUGUCCUCACCUGGCAGCUCUGGCUGCUGCCCCAGCCAGAGGUUUUUUGUGAAAUGCCUGUUUUCAGCUAAGGAAGGCGAGGCUCAAUGAGUGGAAUCCAGUCCCGGAGCGCACCGGAAGACCCUGGCGGACGCCUGUCCCUGUCCUCCCCGACCGGGUUCCGUUCUGGUUUCGGUCGCCCUGUGCUAUCAGAUGAGGGACUGUUAGGUGAGAAUUACUGGUUUUUAAUGUCUCUCCACUCAGUCUUCCUGAGUCCCACUUUCGCUCUCAUUUGCCCUUGUGGAAGCCUGUGCUCCUGUCCGGACCCAGUGUGCCUGAUCUGCGGCCAUGUUUUUGUUUAUUUAUUAUUGUUGGGGCGUGCUUUUUUUUGUCCUAUGAAGGAGAAGAUUUUCCUGGGUCUGCAGUUCACACAUCUGUCCCUUCCUGGCCAAGUGAGCCAGCCCUGGCAGCUCAUGCUGGGGGGCCUGGGGCUGUGCCCACAAGGCUGCCACUGGGGUCAGUGAUGGGAGAGGGUGGCCGCAGGAAGUGCCGGGAGCGGGCCCAGCCUGUUUCAGGGCCUAUCUCUGCCUCCCUGAGAAGAGGCUGUGCAGGGGUGCCCGGCCAGGCCGCCUACAUUUUUGCACAUGGGUCUGCAGGCGAGAAGAUUCUGGAAGCAUGACUUUUCUUUUUCUGAUAGGUUCCUUUUAACACUCUUGGCUUUAUGGGAUAAUUCUAGAUGGUCAUAUAUACCUAAAAGUGCUACUGUGAGGUGCUUUUAGUCCAGUGGCGCUUGACGUGAAGCCUCCAGGAAGUCACUUUGCCUCUUCUCCCUUCAAGCACAAGCUUUACUGCAAAAGGGCCAGUUACAUUUCUGUGUCUCUCAACCACGGGCUUCUGCUGACUGACAGUACUUUUUUAUUUUGUUCUAUUAAAUAUUCUUGAAUGUAUUAAAAUUGCUGAAACACA